AUGAAGAAGUUGGGGAAAAUACUUAAGGAGCUGAUAGGAGGUUCCCAACAUAUGAUCGCCUUCGAAAUCUCCAUUACGGAAAGCGAAGAGGAGACGAUAGAUCUUUUACGAACCAGGAUAAAAUCAAUACAACACACCGCCACGCCAACAUCUCUACAACCAAAGCUGAAGGGAGGACAUCCCAAGAAACUUACCUGGAUCAUGCUUGAUCUGACAGCAACAGCAAUGUCUCUACUCAACAGACGAAAAAGAGACAGAACUUUCUUCACGCCAGACAACCUGACCCAAGCCAAGAAGAAGAGAGAGACAACUCGAAGCCGCCGCUAUACCUCAAUCAUCUAUCAAGUCGUCAAGAUGGACAACGCCGCUGCCAUAUACAAACUAGCUGUAGGCAAUGCUGCUUAG